AAAACAAAAAAAAAAAAGACAAGAUCUGAGGAGCAAAAUCGUUCUAAACAGGAGCAAUCAUCGCGUCUCUUUGAACAAGUUUAUACACUGUUUUUGUUUUAAAGAUGGCGCAAGGCAGUCGGAAGACGCUGAUCUACGCACUGGUGGCGCGAGGGACGCCGCCGGUGGUGCUGGCGGAGUACACCGAGUUUAGCGGAAACUUCAAUUCCAUAGCCUAUCAGUGCCUCCAGAAGCUUCCUUCAUCGAACAACAAAUUCACCUACAACUGCGAUAAUCACACCUUCAACUACCUCGUUCACGAUGGAUUCACAUACUGUGUUGUUGCUGAAGAAUCUGCUGGGAGGCAGUUACCCAUGGCUUUUCUGGAGCGUGUUAGGGAUGACUUUGUGGCUAAAUACGGUGGCGGGAAGGCUGCAACAGCUCCUACAAAUGGCCUAAACAGAGAAUUUGGGCCAAAGAUGAAGGAGCACAUGCAAUACUGUAUUGAGCACCCUGAAGAGAUAAGCAAACUUGCUAAGGUGAAGGCUCAGGUUUCAGAAGUUAAGGGUGUUAUGAUGGAGAAUAUCGAGAAGGUUCUAGAUCGCGGAGAAAAGAUAGAGCUUCUGGUGGAUAAGACUGAGAAUCUUCAUCACCAGGCCCAGGACUUCAGGACCACCGGAACAAAAAUUAGGAGAAAAAUGUGGCUGCAAAACAUGAAGAUCAAGUUGAUUGUUUUGGCUAUCGUUAUUGCAUUGAUCCUCAUCAUUGUCCUCUCCAUCUGCAGGGGGUUCAAUUGCGGAAACUGAUGUGUUACAUAUCGUCUGAGCAUUUGUAGAAAUGACUCUGUAAUUCGUUUUGUAUGUAUUAAGAGAGAUGAUGAUCCUUAUAUUGUAUUUGCUAAAUUCUGUAUUUUUCAGAGCAAGAUUAUGGUUUUAAUAAAAAACGAAGAUGGUCAGUAUAGUGUGCAGAAUUUGUAUGUUCGUGUUUGAAUGUGUAUAUUGGUUGAUGCCUUUUUGGUCACACUAGUUAGUUCACACAUUUUUCAACUCAUCCAUCAACUAAAAUAACAUUAUUUAUUCAUCUCA